AUGUCUUCCCUCAACACCCCCAACUUCGACGCUCCCCGUCCCAAGAGCAGCCGCGCCGGCUCAGACACAAGCUCCAUCUCGGCAGGCUCAGAGACCUUCACCCACAGAAGAGCAGUCUCUACAGACUGCCCGCGCCCCUCGAAGCGCAACUCGCAGUUCCUCUUUGGCGGCCGUUCUUUCACGGAUAUGGCACGCAGCGUCUUCAAGCGGGACUAG